AUGGCGAUAGCGCUAGCGCAAACAAGCCGCGCGAAUCUGGGCCUCCGCCUCAAUCAUGGCGCUGUAGUGGCCUCACCUUCUUGGAAGCUUUACCACAACCCUCACUACUUCUCACCUCGCGGCGACUCCUCCGGCCCCUCUCGCAGAUCCCCUUCUCGCCCAGAGCACCGCAGACCUAUGAUCGUGGCGAAUUUCGACGAAGACGACGGCGGCGGCGGCAUGGAGCGGCAGCUGGGGUACGGCGACGGGGGCGCGACGUCGGUGCCGGAGCUCCUGGCGCGGGUCGAGGAGCUCGCGGCGGAGCUCGAGUUCGAGAGGCGCAUGCGACGCAAGGUUGAGGCGCUCAACGAGGCGCUCGCCGCCGAGCUCGCCGAGGAGCGGCGCCGGGUCGAGGCGGAGCGCGCGAGGAUGCGGGAGGAGCUCGACGAGGAGCGGCGGAUGCUGCGCGUCGCGGAGCUGUGGCGGGAGGAGAGGGUGCGGAUGAAGCUCGCCGACGCCCGGGCCGCCGUCGAGGAGAAGCUGCGGGAGGUCGCCGACGCCGGGCAGCGUGCUGCCGAUGCCACCGCCGCUGCCGAAGGCUGCAGCUGCAGGAGCGGCAGCCCGAUCGGCGGCAAGGCAAGCCCGGCCAGUGUUGGGCAGCAAAGCCCAGCGAGCAGUCGGCACGGCCAACAAAGCCCGGCGAGCGGUCAGCACUCCCAAUCGCACCGGCGAGAAGUCACUGGCGGCGAGAACCCUCACAUCAGGAGGGGGAUCAAGGGGUCCGUGGAGUUCCCGAGGGCCGUCCGUGUGCGGCCGCGCGGCGAGGAGCGCGUGGAUCUGGUGUCCAACAUCGAGUGCCAACGGGCGCAGCUGCGCGUCCUCAUGCGGCACCGGAGUCCCGCCACCGCCGGCAUGCCGGGCCUCGUCGGCGCGGCGCCGGACAACCUCGUCGUGUAA